AUGGAUCAGGUGGUCACGGAGCAGCCAGCAGCCCUGGGUGGGCCGGACGACCAGUCGCCAUCGGAUGCCGACCAGGACCCUGCCGCUGCUGGUGCUGACGCCGCGCAGCAGAGCGUCAUCAGCGGGUGUCCGCCCGGCCUGGAGCACUUGGCUGUGGCGCACAUAAUCAAAAUCAAACAGCAGGUGGAGCUCGCAGAAGUCCUGGCCGGGUUGGAGACUGCCAACCACUAUAUCCUACUGAACGAGCAGAACCAGCAGAUAUACGCCGCCGCCGAGCAGAGCGACUGCCUGGCGCGCUGCUGCUGCGGCACCAGCCGCGCCUUCGACAUGCUGCUGAUCGACAACCAGCGCAUGGAGGUGGCGCGGUUCGUGCGCCACUACCGGUGCUGCGGCAUGGGUUGGUGCAGCUGCUGGUCACGGUGCUGCCUGCAGCGGAUGGACGUGACCCGCUCGGGCCAGCUGCUCGGCGUCGUCACGCAGGACCCGCGCCCCUGUUCGACCAGCAUCAGCGUGCGCACGGCCGAGGGUAGCACAGCGCUGCGCGUGCGGCGCGGCUGCUGCCGGUGCGCCGUCAGCGUGCCGUGCUGUAGCUGCUGCUGCCCCGGCUGCCGGGACGUGAGCUUCACCAUCAGCGCCGAGGAGGACGGCAGACAGGUGGGCGUCGUCACCAAGAAGUGGUCCGGCGCCGCCCGCGAGCUGCUCACCGACGCCGACAGCUUCAGUCUCGAGCUGCAGCGCGACCUGGACGUGCGCGUGAAGCUGGGCGCGCUGGCCGCAGUGUUCCUCAUCGACUUUAUGUUUUUCGAGCACUAG